UAUUCUAAUCUUAUGGGAUGUACUCUCGAAAUUGCUAAUGGCGGCCGCUCGAACUAUUUUUCGCCCAUAAGAUUUAACAUGGGAUGUACUCCCGAAAUGAGGGCGCCACGGUAUGUGCUCACACUCUCACAGCGAAUAGGUUCUACGGAACCGGCUCGUCAGUCGUCAGCGUCACGGAACCAGAAGGUCACAUUGACGGUGCACGUAUAUGCGGUAACCAUCAAUCUCUAAAUACAUAACGGCGUCAGUUCGGCGCCGAUAAUUAUAGAAGCGAUUUCAAAUUGACAAAUCAGCUUUUGUCUUGUUGGCGCGCAUAAAUAUACGGACUUGCAUAGUCUUUUGUCUUUGUUUUCGUCCCUCUAACUCGCGGCUCUCCCUCCUAUUCGCCGACGCAGAGUUCGAAUAGCCUAACUAACCUGUUGCUGCGCGGGAGCCGGGAACGUGCAUGUAGCGUACAAGACACGUUGGAUUGGACAUUCAAUUUCGUAUAUCGCAAAAUUUUUCCGCUUAAUACUCGAUAUCAUCAUAUGAAGAUCACACCCAUCGCUGCACUAUAUGUAUAGUACAUACAUAUCUGGACAAUGGCGCCGACAAAAUUUAAAUCUAAUAAACUUGGAGAAGUGAAUAGUACAUCAUCCACAAUAAAGUGGCAUAUCCCUAACUUUGACAGGCGAUGCAAUCAAGCAAAGGUUGGAAAAAUUAUUAAAUCACCAAAGUUUACGACAAUAACUUCUCUUGCAAAAAGAAAAUGGCACUUCAAAUUGUGCCCUAGAGGACAAAAAAAAGAACACAAAGACUUCUUAUCAUUGUACCUAUAUACAGAGUUCAAACAAAAAUUUGAAGCAAUCACUAACUUCAAAGUUCUGGACAAAAAUGCUCAAGUGAUCAUUGAUCGUACCUUGGAGGAAGCUGACUAUGGUGAAGCGGCUUGGGGAAUUCACAAAUUGAUAUCAACAGAAUUUAUUAGCAACCCAGAAAAUCAAAUGCUUGACAAUGGCAGUUUGACGAUCAUCUGUGAGAUUCAGACAGUUGCAUCUCAAUAUAAUGCAAACGAAUUGAAACCUACCAAAGAAGUAGAAGAGCGAGAAGAUGCUUUUGCAUCCCAAUUGCAAGUGCUCAACAUGUUAGAGGGUCUCCUAAACGACAGUAAAUUUAUGGAUACAGUUAUUGUUUCAGAAGAUAAAACCAUUCGAGCGCACAAGUGCAUACUUGCCAAAAGCAGCUCAGUAUUUGCUGCAAUGUUUAAUGCUGAGAUAAAUGAAAGGAAGGAGAUCAUCUUGGAAGUUCAUGACAUUAGUUAUGAUGUUCUGGUGGAAAUGAUUCGCUUUAUCUACACUGGAAAGGUAAACAGAAUAGAAAAUAUGAUUGAGGAUCUCGCAAUUGCAGCAAACAAAUUUGCGCUACACAGAUUGAUGAUUAUCUGCGAAGAAGCAAUGAUAAAAUGUUUGAGCAUACAUAAUGUUGUAAAUUCCCUUCUAGUUGCCGACAAACUCAAAAUGAAGGAGCUGAAGGCAAUGGCUAUUGAGUUUGUUGUUAUGAGUGGUAGUAAUGCGAUUGAUCAAGAAAACUUUAGAACUCUACCUAUGGAUGUUGUUGUAGAAGUGUGUAGUGGUUUAGCAAAAAAAUAUAAAGAUUAGAUGAAGAUAAGAAAUGUUUUAUUGGAAAAUGAGGAGGGAUUGCUCAUAAAGAUAUACAUUAUUAAAAGUAAAACUAGAAUAUCACGUUAAGUAUGUUAUCUGAUGUUAUACCCUAGAGGAAGAACAGAAGAUUAUAAAGAUUUUUUAUCAAUCUAUUUGUACAGCACCAUGAACAAAGGGCAAAUUGAAGCAACCUUGAACAUUUUAAACAACAGAACUCAAGUGGUGGUUGAUUGUAAUUUGGAGGAAUCUGAAUUUGGUGAAGCUGCUUGGGGGAAUCAUAAAUGGAUAUCAACAGAAUUCAUUACCAAUCCACGAAAUUGCAUGUUAAAUGACUCCGGCGGUGAUUUAGUAAUAAUCUGUGAAUUGGUAAUUCUGCCUCAAUAUGAAGUAGCUGCAUUUUUAUCUCAAUUGCAAGUGCUCGACAUGUUUGAGAAUCUUCUAAACGACAGUAAAUUUAGCGAUAUAUCACUUGUUUCAGAAGAUAAAACCAUUCGAGCACACAAGUGCAUACUUGCCAAAAACAGCUCAGUAUUUGCUGCAAUGUUUAAUGCUGAGAUAAAUGAAAGGAAGGAGAUCAUCUUGGAAGUUCAUGACAUUAGUUAUGAUGUUCUGGUGGAAAUGAUUCGCUUUAUCUACACUGGAAAGAUAAAAGGAAUAGAAAAUAUGAUUGAGGAUCUCGCAAUUGCAGCAAACAAAUUUGCGCUACACAGAUUGAUGAUUAUCUGCGAACAAACAAUGAUUGAAAAUAUAAGCAUUAACAGUGCUGUAAACUGUCUUCUAUUUGCUGAUAAAGUCAAAAUGAUGGAGCUGAAAAUGAAGGCCAUUGAAUUGAUUGUUGAGGAUGGGAGUAUUAUUAUAGAUACGCCUAACUUUAAAUUAUUAUCUCCCAAAAUUAUUUUAAGAGUGUGUAGCAGUUUAGCAAACAAAUACAAGAAAUUAUUUGUGUAGCAGUUUAUCUAUAAUAUACCUUUUUUUGUAUUUUUUGAAUUUUUAUAACUGUCAUAACUUGAUAUUUGCAUUGCAAAAUAUAUAUCUCAAUUGAUAUUAGUUUUAGUUAUAUGAGAUAUAAAUACCAUUUGCAAGUUCCAAAAUUAACAAUGGCAAACAAGAGUUUAAGUUGUACCCUUUUGAUAUUCUAUUGAUAUUGUUUGUACAAUUUUAAAACAAAUUUUAAAUUAUGAACAGGCAGUACUGAAGAUCAUAAUAAUGUAGGCACUCUGUGAUCAUAUAAAUAAAUUGCUUUAAGCCUUUAGACUUUGUACAUUCUA